CAAAUAAAAAUAACUUGGGUUGGCGGGAGCCCGGGAGCAGGAGGCGAGGCAGUUAAAAAGUAGCAAUUUUGUUUGUAAUUUGUACAUUUCUUUCUAAUAUAUCGUAAUACUAUAUUAUUUAUCUAUGGUUAAUACUUUAUACUGAGCACUGAGCUAUGGAAUUUAAAGUUGAAAUUAAGGAAGAGUUGGUUGAAUAUAAUCAAAAAGAUCUAGAGAGCCAGCUAUCCACAUCAAUAGAUCUGGAAAACUUCAAAAAUGAGCUAGAACUAGAAGAUAUCUCAGAAAUGGGACCAAAAGCUGAAAUUAAGGAAGAGUUUGCAGCAGAAUGUUCUCAAGAAUAUAGAGAGAAUCAGCUAUGUACAUCCCAAGAUCUUGAAGACUUGGUUAAUAAAGCAGAUGAAGAUAACUCAGGUUUUUCUCAGAACGGAAUGGAAAUCGUGAAAACUGCACUUGCAUGCUCUACAGAACAACAAAUAAGUGCAAACACUGAAGAAACAACAUCAAAAAAUUCUAAUUGUAAAUGUAAAAUUUGUUUUAAGCAAUUUAACCAGGCAGGUUCUUUGAAACGACAUUUAAAAACGCACACUGCAGAAAAGUUGAACAAGUGUGAAAUUUGUUUUAAGCAGCUUACAACAAAAAGUAAUUUGAAAACACACUUGAGAAUGCACACUGGAGAAAAGCCUUUUAAGUGUAAAAUUUGUUUUAAGCAGUUUAGUCAAGCAAAGAGUUUGAAAUUUCAUUUGAGAGGGCACACUGGAGAAACGCCUUACAAGUGUGAAAUCUGUUUUAAGCAGUUUAGUCACGCAAAUAAUUUGAAAUCUCAUUUGAGAGGGCACACUGGAGACACGCCUUACAAGUGUGAAAUUUGUUUUAAGCAGUUUAAUCAAGCAAAUGGUUUGAAAUUUCAUUUGAGAGCGCACACUGGAGAAACGCCUUACAAGUGUGAAAUUUGUUUUAAGCAGUUUAAUCAAGCAAAUGGUUUGAAAUUUCAUUUGAGAACGCACACUGGAGAAACGCCAUACAAGUGUGAAAUUUGUUUUAAACGGUUUAGUCGAGCAAAUAAUUUGAAAUCUCAUUUGAGAGUGCACACUGGAGAAACGCCUUACAAGUGUGAAAUUUGUUUUAAGCAGUUUAGUCAAGCAAAUAAUUUGAAAUCUCAUUUGAGAGUGCACACUGGAGAAACACCUUACAAGUGUGAAAUUUGUUUUAGACAGUUUAGUCGAGCAAAUAAUUUGAAAUCUCAUUUGAAAGUGCACACUGGAGAAACGCCUUACAAGUGUGAAAUCUGUUUUAAGCAGUUUAGUCACGCAAAUAAUUUGAAAUCUCAUUUGAGAGGGCACACUGGAGACACGCCUUACAAGUGUGAAAUUUGUUUUAAGCAGUUUAAUCAAGCAAAUGGUUUGAAAUCUCAUUUGAGAGCGCACACUGGAGAAACGCCUUACAAGUGUGAAAUUUGUUUUAAGCAGUUUAAUCAAGCAAAUGGUUUGAAAUUUCAUUUGAGAACGCACACUGGAGAAACGCCAUACAAGUGUGAAAUUUGUUCUAAACGGUUUAGUCGAGCAAAUAAUUUGAAAUCUCAUUUGAGAGUGCACACUGGAGAAACGCCUUACAAGUGUGAAAUUUGUUUUAAGCAGUUUAGUCAAGCAACUAACUUGAAAUCUCAUUUGAGAGUACACACAGGAGAAACGCCUUACAAGUGUGAAAUUUGUUUUAAACAGUUUAGUAUAGCAUGUAAUUUGAAAAGACAUAUGAAAGUUCACACUGGAGAAACGCCUUAUAACUGUGAAAUUUGUUUUAAACAGUUUACUUUAGCAACUGACUUAAAAAAACAUUUGGUAGUGCACACUGGGGAGAAACCUUACAAGUGUGAAAUUUGUUUUAAACAGUUCAGUGUAGCAUAUAAUUUGAAAGCACACUGGAGAGUGCACACUGGAGAAACGCCUUACAAGUGUGAAAUUUGUUUUAAGAAGCUUACAACAAAAAGAAAUUUGAAAACACACUUGAGAGUGCACACUGGAGAAAAGCCUUAUAAGUGUGAAAUUUGUCUUAAACAGUUUAAGCAAAGAAUACAUUUGAAAACACAUGCGAAAGUUCACACUGGAGAAAGGCCUUAGGGCAGCCGUACAUGGACUGCUGGGGCAGUUUACCACUGAGCGACAUACACGGACCGCUUGCGCUUGAGCGGUCUCGUCGACAGCUCGAGCGGUGGAUUGUUGACAGCUGGAGUUGUCGCUUGCAACUACUUCAGAAGUUAACUUCGUGCCGCAGUCGAAUCAUGGAUUUUACUAGGAAGUACUCUUAGAAGAUCUGUCGACUGCUCGUGGCGCAGUCAACAGGUAAAUUUAUUGCUAAAUCUUUAUGUUUUUGUUAUGUACCUACUAUUUGUUGCGUUAAGACUUUUUUUAAAUAUGUGCUCACAUUUAUGUACAAUACAU